AUGCGAGUUUGUUCGUGGCUUAAUAAUUCUGACGAAAACUCUUCGUCUGUUCAAAACAAGGAUACAACAAAUUACAAACAACUAUUCUGUCAUCAUUUGAUCAAACAAUUUGAUGAAGGAGUAGGUACUGACAGCAGAUCCAAAAUAAAUGUAAAAGAAGCAAUUGAAUUUAUUGUUGCAGCAUGA